CUUCAACCGAAACUCAGAGCAAACAUCGCUUCAGUUAUAUAGCCCCUGGACCCCCGCGCAAAAAAAAAAGCGUCAAAUCCUAACGAAAGACCCAAGAGUGGGGACAUGCUACGCAAGAUGGAGAGAGAGGUCGAUCUCCUAAUCCUAGGCGCAGGAUGGACGUCUACAUUUUUGAUACCAUUGCUGGAUAAAGAGGGCGUUCCGCAUGCAGAGACCACAACCGCUGGAAGAGACGGAACCAUCCCCUUCAAAUUCGAGCCCAACUCCUCCUCCACCGAGCCCUACACGCGCCUUCCCGCCGCCCGCACGAUCCUCAUCACCUUCCCGCUAACCGGCCAUAACCAAUCCUCCCACCUAACUAGCCUCUACCGCAAAACCCACGGCACCGCAAACCACUGGAUCCAGCUCGGCUCGACGGGCAUUUUCAACAAGCUCGAAGGCUGGAACGAUGAGACGUCGCCGUAUGAUGCUAGCGAUGCCCGAGCGAUCGCCGAGGAUGAACUGAGAGAAUGCGUGGGCGGUUGUGUGCUCAAUCUAGCGGGGCUGUACGGCGGGAAACGCGAGCCCAAGAAUUGGGUUCCGCGGAUUGCAAAGACCAAGGAGGAUGUGAGGAAGAGGAAGGCGGUGCAUUUUGUGCAUGGGGAGGAUGUUGCCCGCACCAUUCUUCUCACGCAUCGCAAAUUCACGCCGGGAAAGAGGUGGAUUAUUACAGAUCUAAGGGUGUAUGAUUGGUAUGACUUGAUUAUGAGUUUUAGUGCACUGGCGGAGGGGGAGGAAGAGGUAAAAAGAAAGACAAAAUUGAAGUUCGUGAAGUGGGUUGGCGAGCUGAUGAUCGAGGAAGGUGUGCGGGCGCUGCCGAGGAGUGUGGAGAGUUUGGGGAGGGUGUUGGAUUCGAGGGCCUUUUGGGAGACGCAUGAGUGCUGGCCCGGGCAUCCGAGGCUUGCGUAGGGAAGGGAAGGGGGCCGCGGAAGGAGGGGGUAUUGCUGGCUCGAGGUAUGCAUUGGUAGGAGGCACCGGGGGUCUUCGGGAUGGGUCAUCGCUGGCUCGCAGAAUCUCGUGGGGAAAAUAUUCUGAAGGCGUCCGGUCUAGGUAUUGGGCUCACGAGCUGUUGUCGGUCGAGGUGAUUCAAUGGGAUGUGACCGCGGCAUCGGCGAUCUCCAGGGUAUGUAAUGGCUCGGUCGAAGUAACAUAGGUAAAGCCUACCGAAGACCUUCAGGCUGAUGGAUGGCGUUUCGAUACACCGAACUGUUUUGGUAUGUUGAGGCCAUCCGUCCAUGGACAUGGCCGUUCCCCACACCUUAGAUGUUACCGGAUAUAUAAGGCGUCAUAACUGAAAGAGCAGAAGGAUUGGAUCCUUUUGCUCCGGAUAUUAGACGUUCGAUCCGAGCUGCUUCAUUCUUCCAAACAUUGGCUUUGUUCUUGAAAAAUUUCAU